UCCGCGCCGCUCCGGACUCCGCCGGUAACGGGUGCUCUCGGCCUCGCCGCGGCGCGGACAGUCCGUUCAUGCCUCGCGUUUGAGGGCAGGGGUGGCUCAGCGGCUGGGACGCAGCUUUCUCCGCUGGCCGAGGCCCGCCACAGCCGACAUGGGCUGUUUCUGCGCGGUUCCGGAAGAAUUCUAUUGCGAAGUUUUGCUUCUGAAUGAAUCCAAGUUAACUCUCACCACCCAGCAGCAGGGCAUCAAGAAGUCAACGAAAGGUUCCAUUGUCCUUGAACACGUAUUUCGUCACAUAAACCUUGUGGAGGUAGAUUAUUUUGGACUGCGUUACUGUGACAGAAACCAUCAGACGUAUUGGCUGGAUCCUGCAAAAACCCUGUCUGAACACAAAGAACUGAUCAACACUGGACCUCCAUAUACUUUGUAUUUUGGUAUUAAAUUCUAUGCUGAAGAUCCGUGUAAACUUAAAGAAGAAAUAACCAGGUAUCAGUUUUUCUUGCAGGUGAAGCAAGAUGUCCUUCAGGGCCGACUGCCCUGCCCCAUUAACACUGCUGCUCAACUGGGAGCAUAUGCCAUCCAGGCUGAACUCGGAGAUUAUGAUCCAUACAAACAUACUGCAGGCUAUGUGUCAGAGUACCGAUUUGUUCCUGAUCAGAAGGAAGAACUUGAAGAGGCUAUAGAAAGGAUUCAUAAAACUCUAAUGGGUCAGGCUCCUUCUGAAGCAGAGCUGAAUUACUUGAGGACUGCCAAGUCCCUGGAGAUGUAUGGUGUUGACCUCCAUCCUGUCUAUGGAGAAAACAAAUCUGAGUAUUUUUUAGGAUUAACUCCAGUUGGUGUUGUUGUCUAUAAGAAUAAAAAACAAGUGGGAAAGUAUUUCUGGCCUCGGAUUACAAAGGUUCACUUCAAGGAGACCCAGUUUGAACUCAGAGUACUGGGAAAAGAUUGCAGUGAAACCUCAUUCUUUUUUGAAGCUCGAAGUAAAACUGCUUGCAAGCAUCUUUGGAAGUGUAGUGUAGAAUAUCAUACAUUUUUUAGAAUGCCAGAAAAUGAAGCAAAUUCAUUGUCAAGAAAACUCAGCAAGUUUGGAUCCAUGAGUUAUAAGCACCGGUAUAGUGGCAGGACAGCACUACAGAUGAGUCGAGAUCUUUCUAUUCAACUUCCCCGGCCCGAUCAGAAUGUGUCAAGAAGUCGAAGCAAGACUUACCCUAAGAGAAUAGCACAAACACAGCCAGCUGGAUCAAACAGCAUGAAUCGGGUAACUGCAAAUAUGGAAAAUGGAGAAAAUGAAGGAACAACUAAAAUUAUCGCACCUUCACCAAUAAAAAGCUUUAAGAAAGCAAAGAAUGAAAACAGCCCUGAUACCCAAAGAAGCAAAUCUCAUGCACCGUGGGAAGAAAACGGCCCCCAGAGCGGACUCUAUAACUCCCCCAACGACCGCACGAAAUCCCCCAAGUUCCCUUACACACGCCGCCGAAACCCCUCGUGUGGGAGCGACAAUGACUCUGUGCAGCCCACCAGGAGGAGGAAAGCCCACAACAGUGGUGAAGAUUCGGAUCUAAAACAGAGGAGGAGGUCACGCUCACGCUGUAACACAAGCAGUGGUAGUGAAUCAGAAAAUUCUAAUAGAGAGCACCGGAAAAAGAGAAACAGAAUAAGGCAGGAGAAUGAUAUGGUUGAUUCGGCACCACAGUGGGAAGCUGUGUUAAGGAGACAAAAGGAGAAAAACCAGGCGGACCCCAACAACAGACGAUCCAGACACAGAUCUCGCUCGAGAAGUCCUGAUAUCCAAGCAAAAGAAGAGUUAUGGAAGCAUAUCCAAAAAGAGCUUGUGGAUCCAUCUGGACUGUCAGAAGAACAAUUAAAAGAGAUUCCAUACACUAAAAUAGAGACGCAAGGUGACCCAGUCCGCAUCCGGCACUCUCAUUCACCGAGAAGUUACCGCCAGUAUCGCAGGUCCCAGUGCUCGGAUGGAGAGCGGUCUGUCCUCUCAGAAGUGAAUUCAAAAACCGAUCUUGUACCUCCACUUCCUGUGACCCGUUCUUCAGAUGCUCAGGGUUCUGGUGGUUCCACAGUUCAUCAGAGAAGAAACGGGUCUAAAGAUAGCCUGACUGAAGAAAAAUCUCAGACAUCUACAAGCAAUAUGGCUGGAAAACACACAGCAAAAACAAUAAAAACUAUCCAAGCUUCACGCCUCAAGAUAGAGACUUAAUCCCAGUGAAGGGCUUGGGAUGGGGGUGGGAAGGGUAUGUGUGCCACCUUUACUUUUAAACUGUGAAUUAUAAUUAUUGAAAUAUCUUGGACCUGCAGAAGUGUUUCUUCAGAAGAAAAUAAUGGAGUCUAUUGCAUCUUUUAAAGGUUUAAUUACAGUAUAUUUGUGCCUAAGGGCCUUUUUAUUUGGUAACUGGAAAGAUGGUAGUCUUAUAAAGCCUUUUUCAUUUGAUGCUGUUUACCUUCCUGGAAACUCCCAAGUAUCUUGUCUGCCACAACCAAGACCAGAGGCUUCAGAUCAAAGUUCUGGAAUUGUGGACUGUGGCCAGGUAGCUAUGCAGCAGUACACUAAGGGGGACGAAGAUUCUUCCCUAGUCUGGGUAGAUCUCUGCCUGGGCACAAGUGCAUGACUGAGGGAUCACUUUCACACUGCAGAUAUUUUUAUUCACGUUAAUGUUCUUUGUAAUACUGUAUUUUGUGGCAUUAAGUUUCACUGGUAAUUUGCAAAUGUUAAAAAAAAGUGCUGCUUUUAA